UCUUACCACCACCACCUGUCCUUAUGUGUAGCAAGCAGAUGAAAUGGACUACCCAGUUAGGAGUUACCUAGUGUAUGCUGACACUGAAGAAGACAUGGAGUCAUGGAUACUGGCUAUUAACUCAGAGAUAAAACCAGUCACUGGCCAAAGAGGAGGAGGAGGACCUGGUAUUAAGAUUGACGACAAGGUUUUUGAUGAGUUAUCAACUACGGUUGAUGAAAGUCCUAAACUAACUCAUUUAACAGCUGCCAGACCUAAAGUGAAGGGAAGGAGGACUCCUCGUAAAUAUGCAACAUACCAUGAAGAUGACAAUAAAGAAGAAUCUGUUGAAUCUUCAGGAGGUGCAGCUCCAGCAGAAGUGGGUGGAGUUAUUACCUCCAGUGGUAGUACCAGUGGUAGUUCACCGAAGGACCAGUCACCAGUAGACUCACCAGUAACCAGGAAACACCAGCGACCAAUGGUGGCCCUGAAACCAAAAGUAAAAGAAAAGGAAGCUGAGAAACAAACGGAAGAACAGCAACAGCAGCAACAACAACAACAACAAAAACAGGUAGAGGAGGAGAAAGAGGAGCAGAAGCAAAAAGAAGAACCUGAGUCAUCAGUUAGUAACCCUGCACCGGCUUCAGAAUCAGUUCCUGAUCAAGCUGUAUCUAUUCCUGAUACUGAUCUCAAAUCAACGUCAAGUACUGAUAUCAAAUCAACAUCAGGUGUUGAUGCUGAUCCCAAAUCAACAUCAAGUACUGAUAUCAAAUCAGGUGCUAAUCCCAAAUCAACAUCAAGUACUGAUAUCAAAUCAGGUGCUGAUCCCAAAUCAACAUCAAGUACUGAUAUCAAAUCAGGUGCUGAUCUCAAAUCAACGUCAAGUACUGAUAUCAAAUCAGCAUCAGGUGCUGAUUCACCUGUUCCUGAUAUACCUGUUCCGGUUUCAAAAGUAGCUCCUCCAGUGACUUUUGCUAAGCCACGCCCACCACCGACAAAACCAAAGACAAGAACUUAUUCAAAAAGUCAACACGAUGAGACUCCACCCGUCCCUGUCACUCCUACCCAGGCCACGCCUACUCCGGCCACACCAAGCCCUCCCACUGUGUCUCCUAAACCUAAACCAAAGCCUCCCCCACCUAAAGCAAAGCCUCGUAAAACUUCAGAGGCCACACCUACUGAGGCCACGCCCACUAUUAAACCAGUUCCUAAGCCUCGAACUCCCAGACCACCUUCAGUAGACUCAAACUCCUCCUCUGAAUUGAAAAUAGGAGAUGAAACCAUGGCAACGAGCACUGAGACUAAUGUUCAACAAAAUACGAAAAAUGAUCUAAAGGAGGAGGAGCCUGUUGCUAAGGAAGAACCUGUUGCUAAGGAGGAGACUGUUGCUAAGGAGGAGCCCAUUGCUAAGGAGGAGCCCGUUGCUAAGGAGAAACCUGUUGCUAAGGAGAAACCUGUUGCUAAGGAGGAAUCGGUUGUUAAGGAGGAAUCAAUUGCUAAGGAGGAGCCUGUGGCUAAGGAGGAAUCGGUUGCUAAGGAACCAGAACUGGUGGCUAAGGAGGAGGAGCUACAACCCUCUGUUGCUAAGGAAGAGCCUGUUACUAAGGAACAACCCCCUGUUGCUAAGGAGGAGCCUGUUGCUAAGGAACAGCCCCCUGUUGCUAAGGAGGAAGGUCAAGAGGGGGAGAGGGUUAGACUGAUCUCGUAUGAGAAUGUCAUUUUAAAAUUGAAACAAGACGGAGAACUAACUUUAUCGGCACCCCCUGGGGUUAAUGAAGAGGGCGUGGCUGAUAAAGAAUUGACUAAUAAUGAGCCACAAAUAGUUGACAAAGAAAUUACACCCAAAUCAAGUGACGAUGCAGCCACACCCACUACAGCAGUUGAAAAGAUCACACCCAUUUCAGUUGAGGCCACACCCACUGCAGCUAAAGCCACACCUAUUUCACCAGUUGAUGAUGUCGUAUAUGAUGUACCAAAACCCCUCACACCUAAACAAGUUACCAUGGUAAUUGACGACAGCACGUAUGACGUUCCCCGCCCAGUUUCAUCAUCUCCUAUUGAUGAAUCGGAUUAUAAAGUGCCACGCCCAGUUAGUAGUCAUGGCAACAGCUCAGUAGAUGAGAAAGAUGGAGACUAUGACGUGAUAAAGGAUAUAAAGAAAGAGGGCGUGGCUGAUCCUGAGUAUGACGUACCUGAUGUAUCACGAAUGAGUCUGUCCCCGCCCCCUCCCCUCCCGCCCACACUAAUUACUGAUCGCCCAUCAUCAGUUGCUAGUACAGGAUCCUCUGAAGGAGGAGGAGGGCCACUAGUGAGGGACUCUCUUGGGUAUGCUAAAGUUAAUAAGAGGAAAGCUGAGUCCAGUAAACAUGAUUCCAAUGAAGAGUCGGUGGAUAAACUAGCAGCUCACAUUCAGUCACUGGAGGAGAGGCAAGAUCAGUUCACUGGGUCUGUUUCUGAAGGACUCCAGAAAGUGAAAGAGAUAUUGAGACUCGCUAAAAUGAUAAAAGCUGAAGCUGAAGAAAUGAGAGAAGAAGCAGAAAUGGAGCUGGCCCUAGCUCGAAGAGAAAGACACGAUUCUGAGCUCUUGAAGAAGAACGCAUCGGAAAUAUUGAGAAUGGCAAAGGAAAAACUAGCUAGUUCAUCUUAAAAUUUUAUACAAUUGCCCAGUAGAUUUUUGUAUUAUCCAUAAAACUUUAAUAAUGAGUUUGUAAUUUUUAUACACUGAAA